UCUCUUUCUCGCCCUUGCUCAGGAAAUUACCAGAAGCCGUGGCGGAAAAGGUCCCUUUGAUCUCCCCAUGAACCAUACCCUUCAGAAUAUUUGGUAUUCGGUUUGUGGGUUUCACUGUUUGGAACUGCAAACAUUGCUCGGACUCGCUGUUUCUCUUUGGUAGGGACAGAGAGGAACGGCUUGGGAGGAGGAUGUUUGAAAUGAGAGAAGAAGGGUAUUGUUUUCCACGAGUCUUGGUGGGUGUCAUUGUGGGUCUUGCUCUUGUUGACGGCAUUAUUGCUUUCUUUGCGUAUUUUCAGUUAAUAAGAAUCCACAUGAGGCAUUCACUAGCUGGCUGGACUCGGCAAAAAGUGUUUCAUCUAAUGAUUGGCACUUCCAGUUUGGGUUUCUUCUUUUAUUUUGUAUUGACACUUCUUGCUACUUGCUAUGGAUGGACGUGCUGGUCACACUCUUGUGGUUUUAUUUUUUUGGCUUUCCCUAAAAUACUUUUCUUUGCAGCAUUUCUUCUACUUUUAUCCUUCUGGGUUGAUCUUUGCCAUCAGCCAGAUGAUGACGAUGAUUAUGAAGGGAGCUUUUCUGAGGAAGCUUUACUGAGAAAGUCCUUUAAUGAGUCACAUUUGGCAGGCAUAGCAAGCCACAGAAACUGGAUUCCCCUUCGGUUGGCUCACGUUGGUAAUCGGCAGAAGAUUGUACUUUUGGUUACACUUCUAGUUUUCGUCAUCAUGCUGGCAUUUGCUGUAAUAAUGUGGAUUGGAUUAGGGAAGAAUCCCAUUGAUUCAGCAGUGGCUGCUCGGGUAUAUGUAGAUGUUUUUGCUGCUGGAAUGCUCAUAUUAGGAGCAGCAUUAACAUGCUAUGGAAUCCUAUUAUGCUUGAAGAUGAGCAAAGUACGAGCUGAGCAGCCCUCAUCUGAAAUGUACAAGGUUGCCUGUUUAACUGUGACCUGUGUACUAUGCUUCACAUCAAGUGCCUUAGAAGCUCUCUUCACUGAUAUUCCUAUGUUAUACCAUUGGCAUUCGCAGCAUGCGCAUGAUGUUUGCACCAUUCUUUUACUUAUUUUGUAUUAUUUUGUAGGUUCGUCAAUACCUUCAGCGAUGUUACUGUGGGUAAUGAGAGAAUUACCACCUGCUGAAGCUUCUAGCACAAUGGAAGAAUCGAGUACAUUAGCUUUUGUCGGUGAUAACCCAGUUGUAGUUCAUAAUCCUCAGCGCUGGACUACUGCAACAAGCAUGCAGAAUCAGCCAUUGAGAGUGAGUCCAAUAUAAUCACGUUUUGGCCACUGGGCAUUUGCGAGUGUAUCUUCAUUCUGCCCAAGUUCGGAGGGCUUGUUGGAAUUGCUUCAGAAUAUGUAAAUCCUAACCAGAGUAGAGACAAAAUGAUGCAAGUAGUUGUAUGCUUUCUUAAAAUUUCUUUUUCCCACAGUAUUGGCACUCUAAAUGUAAAUAGCAGAAAAUUAAUUUAUAAAACUUAUUCCUCGUUGAACAAAUUUCGGGAUGUCUGGGAUUUUUGUGCUAUUAAUGGUUGUGAUUUUGUUCAAGUUUAUAA